UUUCAAUCAAUAAAAUUAUAUGCAUUACGUAUCGAUUAUCAUCUAUUUGAUUAUGAACAAAAAAUUAUUUAUUGGUCAUUUUCAACAAUCAAACGAGCCAUUUUUGUUACUUUAAAUGCAUGGAUAACAAUAUUAUUUCUUCUAUGUUGGGUAUUAUGGCCUCACAAUGAUUAUCUGAUUAAUAUCGAUACAAUUGAUAAAAUUGUUCAUUCAAAUAGAAAUGAUUUUAUUGCAAUUGAAUUGAUCAUUGUAUUUGUUUUACGUGAAUGUUUAUUCUAUCAUCAUUUAUUUGAAUUAAUCAAAUAUAAAUCAAAAUUAACUGAAUUUUUCAUUAAAUAUUGUCAUUAUAAUGAUAAUGAAUUAUCAUUCGAAUAUCGAAAUCAUUUGUUA